GAGAGAGAGAGAGAGAGAGCGUAUACUCAUGUAGAACUUCCACCACACAUGAGACGUGGAGGGUCGUUACAACAAUUGAUCUAAAAUCCAAUAUCAGAGAUAUCCUGGGGUAAGAAAAUAUUUGGUCGCCAUAGCUUCCCUCCCUCCGUCUCUUCCUGGGCUUUUUGUCCGACCCUCGCCUUUCGAGCCGGAAGAAAUCGAUCAGAUCUCUCUCUCUUUCUCUCUUUGAGAAUAAGAUCAAAGGUCUCUCCAUCCUCAAAUCUUCUUGCCCAGGGUUUCAAUCGAUCUGCUUCAAAAAAUUGCUUGAUGAGUUGAAGUUUAUAAUCAGCUUGCCGGGCAAACGAAUUCUGUCUCCACAAAAUGAUGCAAGGUGUUUCAGUAAGCAGUUUGGCUGCCUCUGCAAAGGGUGGGAGCUGUGGAGCACUUGCGAUGCUGAGAAGUGAUCCAAGACUUUUGCACAAGGCCCAUACAAACUCUUUGACUGAAGGACCUUUUCUGUGGCAUCAGUGUGCGCGAACAUUAUUUCCAACUAACUCUACCAGAGCAAGGCGAAUGGGGUCAAGGGUCAAAGCCACAUGGCUAUUCAAGGGAAAUGGCAAAGAGGUGGAUCCAAACACAGAACGCAGUGAGUCUGCUAAUGAUGACAUCCUAAUAUUCUUUUUUCAGUUGGACUUGCAGACUCGAAUACAGUAUGCUCUAAAUAUGGAAGAAUAUGAUGCAGCACAACAAUUGAGGAACAAGCUUGCUGAGAUCGAAACAGAAAUAAUUAAGCAACAGGAAGCUAAAAGGGGUUCUUCAAAGAGUGAUGCUCAGGAUAAAGCCAUAAAUCUCUUACGGCUGCGUGCAGACUUGCAGAAAGCUAUUGAGAGUGAAAACUAUGCUGUGGCUGCUGAGUUGCGUGAUGAAGUCUCCAAACUUGAGGCUGAGUCUUUGGCUGCAUCAGCAAAAGCUCUUGCUUAUCAAAAUGUGCAAUAUGCAUUUCGAUUGGGCCAGAAAGUACGACAUAAGGUUUUUGGCUAUCGUGCUGUAAUAUGUGGCAUGGAUCCUGUAUGCUGUGAAUCAAGUUCAUGGAUGGUAAUUGCACAUGUUGAUAAGUUGCUUCAAGGGCCUAAUCAACCAUUUUAUCAGGUCUUGGUUGAUGUACAUGCAGAUCCAAACCUGCUUGUGGCAUAUGUUCCAGAGGAGAAUCUUUUAGCCAAUGACCAACCAGACAAGGACCGGUUUGAUCACCCAUACAUUUCAUUCCUGUUUUAUGGAAUGGAUACAGCAGGGGACUUCAUUCCUAUAAAACAGCUUCGAGAGAAAUUCAGUAGGCCCCGCUACGAAGUUCCUGUGGAUAUGCAUGAUGAAGAUGGCGAGGAUAAUGCUUAGAGCAUGCUGUUCACAUAAACAAUCUAUUCUUCACCAUCACAAUACUAAUAACUGCCUCACAGGUCCUUGAGAAAUCAAAUUCGCCAGGUGCUGUGGGGACUCUUCUUUCACCUGCACACGUUCCUUCAUAAAGUGAAAAGAUGGGAAAAAGAAGUUAAAAAAAAAAAAGGAAAGAGAAGAGGUUAUCGUUCAUGCAUCUUUGAUUUGUAAAUAUCGUCAUGACCGGUCGAGGGUAUUUUACUCCACCAGUUUCUGGGGACGAACUGCAUUUCUCCAAAGAUCUUAAGUUCAACCUCGGUGGAUUCAACUUAGAUUGUGUUAAAUUUUAAGUUCAUCCUCGGUGCAUCAGAUGAGUUGCAUGUUUUUCACCGCAUGCUUUUAUAAUCACUCCUCUUGUUUUUUCUCUUCAAUAAUUCAUGGAUGCUGUCUCAUGAGCCUACAA